GAAAGGAAAGAAAAAGGGGAAAUUCAGCCAGGUGGAGAGGAAAUGUGAAAAUUCCCCCCCCCCUCUUCAAUUCACACUGCAAGGCAUUAAGGAGAGGGAAGGUUUUGAUGCAAACUGCUUCUGGUAGAAAUGGAGGAAGGGGAUUGAAGCUGGCUGCUAUGACAGAGGGAGGGGACUAGGUGGGUGAGGGGAGUAAUGUGCCAUGGGGGUCCAGGAAGCUGAUGGAUCAGGAAAAGGAGGUCUACGGCAUGACUACUGGAGGGAGAAAUCCAGGCUCUGAGGUGCCCUCUGGCACCUGUUUCCAAGCAAUGACCUCAAAGGCCAAGAAGAGGGUGGUCCUCCCAACACGCCCUGAGCCCCCCAACGCAGAACAGAUUCUUGAAGAUGUCCAGCGUGCCCAGCCCAACGACCCCGUUUUUGUCCUCCUGGUGGAGCCCAAUGAAGAUUUGCCCACCCCAACGAAGAAUGAAGAUCCAGAGGCCAAGAGGGAACGCCUCUAUCGGCUGACCCAGUCCUACGUGGAGAUGAAUCACCGCCUCCAGAAGGCCUGCAGUUUGCUCAAGGAGAAGUGUGAGGAGCUGAAACUGGCUGGAGCAACCCUGGAGCAGGGCAUUUUAGAGAUGAAGCAGAGGGCUUUGUGAGAUAACGUUUUUGGGGGAAGUGACCACAGCCAAGUUGACCACAGCGUUUCCCCC